GCGUUCCUCACCCCACAAAACAGAUAUACAACCCUCACUGCACAAGGAAUGAAGUUGCAAGCUUGCCUCGCUGCGCUUGCAGCAACUGUCAACACGUGUGGCGCUUUCGUGCCUGCUCUAGUGAGCUGCCGGGAUGGUGUUCGAGCGUCACACGCUCACCACAGGCCCAGCAGCGCGUCUCCCCUAAGAUCAUCCUCCUCGUCACCAGCAGAUGCGGUCGACGCCUUCCCUUCCGACGUCUCCCCCGACGCCUCCUCCUCUACGCCCCCCGCCAGCGGGGGGUUCAGUCUCGCCAACGAGCUGCUGCAGACCGUCCUCUCGGGAGUCGGCGAAGGCUACAUCCCCUACUCGGAGGCGGACAAGAGCGCGAUCGAGGAGCUGGUAGUGGAGCUCGAGACGUCCUCGGGGCAGGGCACGGAGGUGCAGUUCCCCAGGGACCUGGGUAAGCUGGACGGCCGGUGGAGGCUGGUGUUCACGAACAACCUGGUCGGUCUCGGCAGGCUGUCCCCCGUGGAGCUGCGGGACGUGUACCAGGUGGUGGACUCGGCCGCCGGGCUGGUGAGCAACGUGGUAUACGCGACCAUGUCCCCGCCGCUGUUCUCGGAGACGUGGGGCAGGCUGGGGGAGCGCGCGGCGGAGAUCGCGAGGACCGUGGAGGACCGGGUCACGUUUCCGGUGAACUUUAACAUACAACAUAACUUCGAGGUGUCCUCGCAGUCCAAGCCGGCGCAGAUCGAGCUGGUGCAGAAGGAGCUCAAGCUCAUGAACGCGGAGGACGCAGCUAAGCGGUCGCUCGCCCUCCCAGCGCUGCAGCCCCUGGCCAAGGCGGCGGCUGGUCGGUUCGACACCACGUACCUCGACCAAGAUGUCCGCGUCAGCCGCGGGCGUUUCGGAGAGCUACGGGUGUUCCAGCGCGAGGCGUGA